GAGCCUGUGUGAACUUGGGCAGAGGGGACGACAGUCCUCUGCAUGCAGCUGUCAGGCAGGACGGAGCAGAUCAGGUGUCUCUCUUACUCAACUAUGGUGCUGAUGUGAAUCUGCGAGAUGGGAACGGUCAGCGGCCCGUGGACCUGGCACGUCCUGGUGAGAAGAUUCAGCAGCUCCUGGCUGCGUUUGAAGUUUCGCCUCGAAGUCUGUGCCAGUUGUGUCGUCUUCAGAUCAGGAAGGUGAUUGGACGAGACAAACUGAAGCUGCUGCCUCUGCUGCCCUUCCCCUCUGUUCUCACACAAUAUUUAGAGCAAAUACAUGAAAACAACUGAAGCACGUGUAGCACCGAGCUGAAAUUAUUCUGUCUGUUAACAACAAAUUCAUCACAGGGUAUGAUUAAUACAUUGUACAUUUACAGUACUAGGUAAUAAUAUUUGCUUUUUUAUCACGUUGAAAUAUUUCAGAUCAUAAAACAAGGGGUAAAAUAAAGGGGUUUAAAGAUGAUAUUUUAAAACACCAGGAGAUAAAGUCUCACAUUUACCUAAACAUCUGGAUGUUUUGGUCGUUGUGCUUCAGUGAAUGUUUUCAGUGUUAGUCCUCCACGUCAGUAGAGGGCGCUGAUGUGACAGCAUGGAGCUGGAGUGACUCAGUCAACACAGAACCUAACCUCUAAUUUACACUACAUGCGUUCUGCCUCCGCUCCGCUCCGGUCCGACCUCCGCAGCAAAUACACACCCAUUA